AUGAAUACAACUCUUGACUUGCACGAAUUAGCUCCUGUCGAUCAUGAGUAUUCAUUGGAUACAACAGAUAGGCUCCGCUGUGAAGCUUGGGCUGCGUAUUCAGAGUGCCUAAAGCAGCUUGACUGCUUGUGGACUAAGCAAAGUGAGCAUUCCAGCAUUAUCACAGUAGGGCUUAGUGCCUUGCAGACGGAGAAAAAUAAGUUGCAAGAUCAACUCAAUCAACUUCGUGGUGAAAACAUGGACCUUAGACAUGAUAUCAGCCAAUUCCGCGAAGAUAAACUGCAGCUACAGAAUGAUGUCAAUCAACUUGACUACGAGAAAUCAGACCUAAAGAACGGCGUGUGCCAUCUUAGUGGCGAGAAUCGGAAACUACAAGAUACAAUCCUCCAACUACGUCAAGACAAUCGAGAGCUGCAAGAGGAGAAGCAAAACCUCUUCGAGAAAAAGGAACGGGUCGAGUUUGAGAAGGACUAUGGAGAGAUGAUGCUCGACCAAUACCGCGCUGAGGUUUUGGAACAAAAGGCUCUAACUGGAGACAGACAAAAAGCAAUCCAGGACCUACAAGAAAGAUUGGACAAUGUAAAGGCUGAGUUAGCACAGUGGGAAGACCACACUCUUUCCUAUGAGCAGAUUAUCACGAGCCGUGAUGAUGAGAUAGCUCGCCUCCAGAAUCAGCUAGCAGUGAAGCACGGGGAUCUUACGAAUCAGUCAACGGACGCGGAGGCUCUCGCUACCGUUAGGUCAAAGGCACCUGGGAAACGGCGACGGAAAAAUCAGAGAAGAAGAUCCCGGAGACAGAGACGCCUACGCCAGCUCCUCCAGAAUAGUAGGCAGGGUUUAAUCUUUUGCGUGUCCGUCAUUUAG